AUGGGCGCUAAUAUGACGACUGAAGCUCCGCAGGCACCGCAGAUUCCACAACUUCCACGUAUUUAUCAGAUGACGUUGGACAGCGGACCACCAGAAGUAGCACCUGGAUCCACUCAUGAAGACUGCGAUCGAGCCUGGUGGCGACUACGAGGUUUGCCACCCACUUACAGUAAACGUAGCUCAUCUGAAGAACACCACUUUAGAAUCUGGGCAAUUUGGAAACAGCAAUCCCACCGUCACCUCCGGAAGAGAAGGCCGUGGCCGCUGAGAAAAGUGCACCACAGAAAACGAAGGCGAGCCAAGUUACUGCAGCACAAAAGACGACGGCGCCCAAAGUCAGCGCGCCGCAAAAGGCAAAAGAAACCCAAGUUAGCGCGCCGCAAAAGGCCAAAAGAAACCCAAGUUAGCGCGCCGCAGAAAACGAAGGAGUCACAAGUCAGUGUAGCACAGAAACCGAAAGAAUGCCAAGUCAGCGCUCCACAGAAGGCGAAAGAACCACAAGUCAGUGCACCACAAAAGGCGAAGGUGCCUCAAGUCAGCACGCCUCAGAAAACUAAGGAGCCUAAAGUCACCGCCCCAGAAAAAGCAAAAGUGCCCCAAGUUAGCACGCCUCAAAAGGCUAAAGUUACCCAAGUCAGCACACCUCAGAAGAAGAGUGCGCCUCAAGCAAAACCCGCUACUCAGAACAAAAGCACACCCAAUAAAUCGACUCAGCCUCAACUCAAAGCAACAACCCCACCGCCAGCACCCACUAAAUCCCCCGCGGUCACCCCAUCUAAAAAGACACCAUCAAACGAAGAUCACUCGGUGGUGAAGACGGCGUUACUGGUUCGACCGCCCAAGGAUCAGAAAGCUGUAGCAAGUCCCUGGGCCAGGAAUUACGAUACCUUGUUACCAUUGCCGCCUUCAAGCGAAGUGUUCUCCAAAGUUGUGCCCGUAACUAAUAAGACGAAAUAA